CAACUUUCUACAACACAGAAGGCUCAGGAAGACACUACCACAAUAUGGCGGCGGAUCCCUUAACUGCAGCAACCGUUGACAGCCUACUGAACCUUGACAAUUCUGACGAUGAAGAUCCCUUCAACGACCGGCCAGCCCCGCGAGAUCGUUACGAAGACCCAACAUCGAGUCCCGGCUACAAACGAAAGGCAGUAGACCAGCUCGACGCCAGUCUGGGGCUGGACGAGGAGGUCAAAGUCACAAAGAAAAGGAAGCCUAUCUCAAAACUUGACGAAGCAAGACUCCUUUCGGCGCCGGGAAUACCCAAGCUACGCGCCGAUGCACGCUCCGGGAAGUUCUCCAAAAAGCUACGUCUAAAGGGGAAGGGCCAUGAGUUUUCCGACGUCGCACGGCUGUUGAACCACUAUCAGUUAUGGCUCGACAAUCUAUACCCGCGAGCCAAGUUCGCCGACGGACUACAAUUGAUCGAGAAAGUCGGGCACAGCCGACGCAUGCAAGUCAUGAGGAAAGAGUGGAUUGAUGAAGGGAAGCCUGGAUAUAUCAGAGAUAGAGAGGCAAAGGAGACAGCAGAAAAUGAGAAGGAAGCGGAUAAGGAAAACGAUGAUCUGUUUGCGAGAGAUCACGCGGGUGCAGAUAACGCGGACCAAGAGGCUGCGAAUGCUGGCGUUGGCGCAGAGGACGACUCUUUAUUCGUUCCGGACCUCCACCACAACAAAGCGAAUAAUAAAAACGAUGAUGGUAUGCUUCCGGACGAUGACGAUCUUGAUGCUCUACUAGCCGAGCAGGAGACCCGUAUCACCACGCGUCCCUUGGCUGUAUCGAAUCCAGCAGAGGACAACGAUUCCGAGGGCGAUGAUGAUCUUGACGCGUUGUUGGCCGAGCAAGAACUGCGGCGUGCGCCUCCGCAACCUCCUCCAUCCCAGCACGCAGCUACAUUUGCGCCCAAACUAAAGCCUUCGCCCUUUGGCGGAAACGACAGUGACGAUGACGACGAAAUGGAUGAUCUAGAUGCCCUGCUUGCAGAGCAAGAAGCGCGCAUGCAACCCAGCACCGCUCAUUCGAAUCCCAACAGCAUGCAGGUGUCGAUGACGCAGAACAGAGAGCGCACUGUCUCAGGACCAGAUGGAGACAUGGCCCAGGAUGAUGAGUUGGACGCGUUGAUAGCCGAGCAGGAAGCACGGCAAAAUGUCACCAUCGAAGCACCGGUGUCUUCAUCACCCACAGACAGACCCGCGACUUCACGUCCUGUAGCGGCUGCUGCCGAGCCAGCUGACAAAGCCGAUGGUGCAGACAUGUUCUCCUCGUCGCCUCUGAGAGGUACAGCACCAAUAGGUUUGGGGCUUGCUGGGGAGCUAGGAGUCGAACUGGACCCUGCUGAACCGAGAUCAAGCCUCACCGCCACUCAAACGCAAGAGACUAGAUCGUCUGAAGGCGAAGACGUUCCUAUUGCCACGCAAAGAUCCAAAGCUGGUACCAGCACUGAAGCAGCGGAGGAAAAGGAGGAGGAAUCACAGGGUCUGGACGCCGGGGAUAUGUUCUCAUCUUCGCCUGUGCAGAAUGAAUGAUCUGACGCCAAGUUGCCCUGUCAGAUAUUGUCAUGGCGAUGACGACUGUUGAAAUAUGACGAGCUACAACGGGAUUUGGUCUUUUUGGUCGAGCAAAGGUAUUAUACAGCGGAUGGAGACACGAGACUGAAAGAGAGGAAGAAAUACUCGUUAGGAAAGAGUAUCAAUUUUGCCUUUCGUAUGCGUUAUGAUAAAACCGCCGUAUGUUCAAAGAUAAUCGUAACCCAUGAUGCUCUC